AUGGAUGCAUUUAGAUUUUCCAUUCUAUGAAUUGUCAUUGAUAAACGCCAGUCGUUCAUGAACUUGGUUCUGCCCGAAUAGUUUAUUUGUAUAUUUAUUAAUCGUGAUCACUACACAGAUGGACGAAACAGGAGAGAGAAGACGACCCGUACUUCAAAAUGGUCUGGACCACAGGGUUCAGGAGGGGCUGAGAAACAGAGGUCACAACGGGAGAAUGCAUUCUUCUCCCGGAAGUUCCGACAGAGAUCGAGACAUGGCCGUCUCGCAGAUCAGGAAUGCAGCACAGCAGAUGCAAACUGACUUUGUAGACCAGAUGCAAGACAGGUUAAAUAAUAUGCUGGAUGGAUUUGUAGGAGAAGUUACAAGGAUGGGGGAGUUAGAAUCACCUGUGAAGGAAAACCCUAAAGGAAAAAGGGAACCUCUUGCACAGAAGGUGUUUGUACCUAGGGAAUCCCUUUUAACGAUACUCUUAAAAGACAAGAAUAUUCAGACAAUCUAUAACAUCCUAGUAGCGAUGUUAAUCGUCAUCAUCAUGAAUACAUUCAUCACAGAUCUGAUUGAUACUGGCAGCAUACGUCUGGACUUUGGUCUACUCCAGCGAGCCUUCGGCCAGGCCCCCACCGUCCUCUGGACCUGGUUCUUAAUGCAGAUCUGGGCUAUGUUAUUCUUUUAUUGCACCUUUCAGUACUGGGCUCAACAUGGGUCUUCUUAUUACAGCCCUUUCAGACUGUACAUUCCUGAUGCAGCAUGGUUAGUAGUGUAUGUCCUCUACCAAGCCAUCUUCCUCUACAUACCGAUGCGGGCCGUCCUAGUCCAUUCUCUCCCGAUCGCAUCCUCCAUCAUCAUCACCGCGGAGCAGGUCCGGCUCCUCAUGAAGAUGCACGCCUUCAUGAGGGAGAAUGCUCCCAGGGCGUUGGCAUGGAAACGACAGAGAAUAGCAGCCAAAAAAGCCACAAACGGCCAUUCAAAAGGAACACCCGAUGGUGAUGUAGAUGACCCUGUCGCUAACGGCAAUCACACCGAAGAAGAAGUGGUGACACCGUGCCCAGACUUCUCUAAGUACCUCUACUUUCUGUUCUGCCCAACUCUCAUCUAUCGAGACUCUUAUCCCAGGACGGCUGAGAUCAGAUGGGACGUGGUCAGGGUGAACUUCCUCCAGGUACUUGGAUGUUUAUUCUACACAUUCUACCUGUUCGACUGCUUCUGUAUCCCGCUCUUCAAGAACUUUAAUGAAGAUUUAAUGACGAUGAAGAGUUUGGCGAGAACAGUUUUUACUUGUAUGCUUCCAGCUACGCUUAUGCUUUUACUAGCCUUCUUUGCAGUACUCCAUUCUUGGUUCAACGCUUUUGCUGAAAUGCUUCGAUUUGCAGACAGGCAGUUUUACAAGGACUGGUGGACAUGUAAGAAUUACUCCACCUAUUACAGGACAUGGAAUAUUGUUGUCCAUGACUGGCUCUAUACAUAUAUCUACAGGGACUGCCAGCUUUUAGGCUUAGGAAGACUAACAAGUAGCCUGAUGGUAUUUGCAAUAUCGGCCGUAGUCCACGAGUAUAUUAUCGUCAUGGCAUUCCGAUACUUCUAUCCAGUUCUGCUUGUAUUCUUUGUGGGUGUUGGAGUACCUCUGUCCAUAUUUAUGACCGGCGAGUGGAAGUCUGCCAUCUGGAAUAUCUUCAUGUGGAUCACUCUCAUCUCUGGCAUGGGGUUGAUAUUAGUUCUCUACAAUCUAGAGUGGUAUGCCAGGUUAUACUGCGAUUACGAUAGGAGUUCGUGGAUACAGCUGGUGGUACCACAAACAUGGGGCUGCAAAUUGUUAUAGCAGGUCACAUGAUCACGAGCUCCUGCAAUACCCUGUUACCAUGACAACACCGGACAGGCCUGUAGAAUUUGUCUUGAAUAUGUAGGAGAAAUGGAAUUAUCCAUUGUACAUCAUGAAAUAAUGGAUGUGCAAGCGUGGGGCUGCAAACUCUUACAGCAGAUCACAUGAUCAACAGCCUGUCACCAUGACAACACAGGACAGACUUCUAUGGAACUCAGUCUUCCAAAAUAUUUAUGAAAACUACCCGUUGUACACCCAUUGUAUAAGUGUGCGCUUGUAAAAUGGCGACUGGCCAGAAUGCUCCCCAGGGAGUGGAGAAUGUGAAUACAUUGUGUGCGGUUAAGCCUGAAUCCGAUGACCGGGGUAAUAAUAUAUCUGUAAUUAAAGCCCUUAGAAACAUCAUUGUAUCAAUGUAUUGGGCACUUUAUAAAAGCAGAAUAUUAUUAUUAUUAUUACAUCAUAAAUUAUUGGAUGUGCAGUCAUUUUCAAGUUCAUCAAAACAACAACCAGGGGAUCUACAGCUUUGAGUCCUAUCUGAGGGAAUGUCAAACCAAAGGCACAAGCACAUUGACUUGGUUUUUUUUUAACCCUGGACCUCUUAGUUUCAAGACUACUGCUGGACCACUAAGCCAUAUCACACCUCAUUUGAUCCAUUAUAUUUUCCACAUCUUCCCUUUCUUUGUAAAAUUGUAAAGAAGCUAGCACUUUAAAACACUGGCUUCGUAUUGAAAUACCUUUUAUGAUGCUGCAUGAUUUGAAUGACAAUAACUACAGAUGAAAAUAAGAAAUAAUACAGACAAUCUUUCAGUGCCAUUUCUUUGCCUUUAAUUUAUUGUGUAAUUAUAUCAACAUUCUUUAUUGCAAUCUUUCAAAACAUGUAAAGCACUAUAAAUUAAUUUGUACUGUAAAUUAUUUUUCUCAUAUUCAUGUGAAAGAUAAGUUAAUAAGAAUGUUAUGUAUUGUAAUAAAAUGAUUAUAAUGGUAAUCUAUGAUUUAAUUUAGAUAACUUUGAUUUGCAGCAAAUUUAUUCUGCAAAAUGUGUAUGUGUUAAUUUUUUUUUCUUAAGAAAUAAAUAAAUACCAUGCUGUAAGCUUGUACUUGUUAGGCACACCCUCGUCAAAAGAAAAUAGUCUAAACCUAUUGGAGUUGAAAAAUAGUGAAAAAACAGCAC